CGGCCACUCCGGCCCUCCCGCCUCCCAUUCGCAGUCCCGCCGCAGCCAUCUCUCCUCGCGCCCCGCAGUCUCGCAGGCCGCAGCCGUGCUCAUCGUCCCCAUGGACGGCGGCGGCUACAGCCCGCGGUUCCAGCGCCAGGCCUCCUGCUCCUGCGCGCCUUCCAUCUCCCGGCGGGGGUUCGUCCGCGCAGGCUUCGACCUCGACGGUGACGACGACUACUACGACGACGAUGUCGUCUUCCACUCCUCGUCAUCCUCCUCCUCCUCCAAGGUCGGCGGCCCGCGGACGCCCUACUACUCUGCCGGGGCCCCGCGGCCGUCGGCGCGAGCGAGGCUGAGGGCGCUGUGGCGCCGCAUCAUGCGGGAGAAGAAGCGGAUCCUGCUCUGCUCCACCGGCUGCGUGCCGGCGGCCGCGCCGGCUCCGCACAGGGAGCCCUACGACGCGUACAGCUACGCGCAGAACUUCGACGACGGCGAGGCGUGGGUGGAGCCCGACAACCUCUCGCGAUCCUUCUCCGCGCGCUUCGCCGUCCCCUCCAGGGUGUUCCAGAGGGUCGCCGUGUAGUGACCGCCGGUCGCCGGCGCCCGGCGGCAAGAUCCUUUUUUUUUGUUUAUCUUUUCCCCCAAUUUUGGUGCCGUGAACUGUGAAAACAGAAGCAUCCAUCCCCAUCUGUACAUGCAUUCAUUUUUUUUUCGGAUCACUGAUGAAUAUCUCCUACAAAUCUUCAUUGGUUUUGGUCAAACUCUGUACUUUGUCAGUUGCCAGCAAUCAAAUACCACCACAUAUGACAAACA